GUAAAAAUGCUACUAGGUGGAAUAUUGGACAUAAUGCCAUUAAGAGAAGAAUUAGACAAAAUGCCAAUUUUUAAGGCUGGGACAAAAUGCCAAUAUAUGCGUUAUAGACAAAAUGUUAAAAGAGGGGAAAUGGGACAAAACGUCAUCCAGGGAAAACAAGACAAAACGUCAUCCAAGGAAAAUGGGACAAAAUGCCCAUCUCUAGGUCGGGACAAAAUGUCACUCAACCAAAAAUAUUACAAAUUGUCACAAAGCUCAUUUUUCAUUUUCAGCACUACCGUGUCGGAACAGAAACCCUCCAUAUCGACAACCUCAUCCUCCCAGUCCGCGAAUUCAAAUGUUCCGACCCGACAGACGAAACUUUUGGUCGUGAAAUAAUAAAAGCUUUGGAAUGUCUCGGCCAAUUUAAAUUAACAACAACAGAAACCGCUCUCUUGUCAGCCUAUGUUUUGCUAGAACAAUCCAAUGGAACUGAAGACUUUGUUGCCCAAAUAAAAAAUUGUUUGAGUGCCCAAUUGCACUCUCGUUUGUCUUCUGAUGUUGACAAUUUUUUGAAUGAUUUGAUGGGCUUUUUGCCGAAAAUUCGGUCUUUGGCUAUGUUGCAUUUACAGUGUUUUGGACGUUUUAAGAGACAAAUUAUGCAGUUGAUGGAAGUUAAAAUGGAAAUGGAUGAUAAUGAUGAAUAUGUGGAGAAUGGGCAACAAAUGAAUAAUGUAAAAAUUUUGAUUUUUUUGAGGGGACAUUUUGUCGAAGGACUUUUCGUCGUAUGA